UGUGUGUAUAAAUAAGAUGAAUGCCUUCUGAGAGUGUUUGAGGUGGUAACCUGACAUUCAGGAGAACAAACUGUCCCCAGCCUAAUGGGAACUCAAAAGUUCCUUCCUGUUGCACUGCCUUGAUUAGCUUCAUCAGAACUGCAUACUCAGUAACUAUGCCUGUUUCUCAUAAACUGUGAGAUUUAUGCAUCUCGAAUGUGUGCUAGUAGGUAAUUAAAAGCCACAGUCUCCUGGGUAGCAAUUACAAAAUGGAAGGCAAGGGUGUAGAAGGAAGCUGCAGUGAACCUCAACGUGAGGGAGGAGCCACAGGUGAAAGAUAUGUAUCAAACCCACUAUUCUGUGAUUUUACUUCAGAUUGGUCUCCGCUACAUGAUGCAGCCAGUCAGGGACGUCUGCUUGUGCUACAAAACCUUGUUACUCAGGGUUGGCAUGUAAAUCUCCUUACAGCAUCUCGAGUAUCUCCUCUUCAUGAAGCUUGCCUUGGAGGUCAUAGUUUAUGUGCUAACUUCUUAGUAAGACAUGGUGCAGAUGUGAAUGCAGUUAACAUGGACUGGCAAACACCUCUAUUCAAUGCCUGUGUCCGUGGCAAUGUGACCUGUGUAAAUCUGUUGCUGGAACAUGGAGCUAGACCUACUACUGAAUAUGAUUUAGUUUCACCUAUCCAUGAAGCAGCAAAAAGAGGUUUCACAGACUGUUUAGAAUCCCUGAGUCGUUAUGGUGCUGAUAUUGACUAUGAAGUUGAACACACUGGUACCCCUCUUUACACUGCUUGUGCACACCAGCAGGUGGACUGUGCCAGGAAGCUACUAGACCUAGGAGCUAGUGUUAACCAUGGCAAAAGCUUGGAUUCUCCACUGCAUGAAGCUGCUAGAAAUUCCAACUGCAAACUCAUUCAGCUUCUGCUAGACUAUGGAGCAGCUGUUAUGUCCCAGAAUGCCGAGGGCAAACAACCAGCCGAUUUGGUUUGUCUUAACUCUACAGCAGCAACAGUCCUUUUAAAAAAUAAAGGGCCCUUCUCCUUGUUGCAGUUAUGCCGCCUAUGCAUUAGAAAAUAUUUGGGCUCAAAAAGACUUCACCUAAUAGCCACACUGCAUAUACCAAGAGAAUUAAAGCAGUACCUUUUGUACCAGUUAUGUCUGCCUCCUUUAAGACCUUCAUCAAACACUGGAACACUGGGCCUUCAAGAAUGCAAAACAUGAAACCUCAUCUCAUCACACGUGAUCCAGAAGAUCUACAUGGCUGGUGAACCACUGCAGUAUUGAUUCUGUCAUCAUAUAUCCCCCGCAUGUCUAGUAGAGCUGAGCUGAGGCAUCCAACAAUGGAAUCUUGCUAAUUGACUAUUAGAUUAAAUUGUCUGUAAACCUAUGCUUCAUGGAUAUGUACAAAACAAGUGUUGUGUUGCAUCCAUCUCAUGUUUGUAAGAUUUAUUAUUGAAUGUAAGGAAUCACAGUAUGCUGUUUUCUAGUUUAGUUUUUUCUCCAUUCAUUUUUCUGGAUAAUUAAUUCAUUUCUGUUUAUGAAAUAUCUCAUUGCAUUUUAUGUAUUAAAAUGAUAAUAUUAAUGCAUUGUAGUCAAAUUCUUUGACUUCCAGUAGUGUUACCUUUUUACAACAUUGUUUCUAUUAAUUCAUACCUUCCAGAGAAAGAACACUGCAGAGCAGCCAAACCCCCUUAUCUCUAUCUCCCUUCGCUACAAACCUCAUUUCAGUUCCCUGCGUUACUCUAGCUCCCUUCUCCCCCUUGUCUACUUUAGCCCAAGAAUUUGCCCUGGUGAGCUAAGUGCAGUUCUGAAAUUCUACACUAAACUAGACUUCAACUCUCUCCUUUUGUUCCACAGUUCCAACGUUUCUGUUUCUCACUCUCCCCCCUAAUACCUUGCAGCCCACUCCUCCUAUUUUAUCUAGAUCCUACUUACCCCUCUAUUACUUACCCCUUAUAGCCUCUGCUCCACUGAUAGCCUCUGCUCCACUGAUAACUUCUUGCUCCUCUCCUGCCCUCCUGGGUUCUUCCCGCUCCGUUCGCCCUACGGGCUCACUCCGCUCCCCUACCCUGCCCCCAAUUCCCACCGGCCCCCAGCACCUCUACCUUUAUACCUCUCAUGCACCCUCCCAUGCAUAAUAAUUAACCUAUCAGGGUCCUACCCUCUUUAUCCCUCCUACUCUUACUCCUCCCACUCCACUAUACCUCUCUCCACCAUUUAACCUAUCAUAGUUCUUCUACUUCUACCCCUCCCACUCUUUUCUUUUCCCUCCACUAUAGUUCCUCUUCUCUACACAAAUUUCUCCCUUUCUCUCCCCUUCAAAUACUUUCAACCCUAUCCUUUUCCUAAGAUCCCAUCCUCUUUCUUUUUCCUUUUAUUUCUCUUUGCCUACUCAACUCCACUAUACCAAUCUCUUCCCCCUCUGCCUGCCAAACAUGCCUUCCAAAAUACUUCAUAAUAUCUAUGUCCCAUCAUUACUAUUUGUAUUUCUCAUUCCCCUAUAUUUUGCUACUACCUACUCUCACAAAAUACCCUUUUCUCUAACACCUACACAAACUAACCCUUGGACUCACCCACAACCUUCUCUAUCCACCCAUUACAACAACAUAUCAUCCACUCUUCCCCCCCCCCAAAACACUAUACCUUUUCCAUCCCAAAUGCCUCACCGUACCACACACUCCCACUCUGAAAUUCCUCCCUCCCUCUAACAGCCUCCUACUUCUUAAACACAAAAGACUAAGAGUUACUACCACUAAUGACCUUGACUUAUGUGGUGAUAUUCAUCCAAACCCUGGCCCCUGCCUCACCACUAACAACUUCUCCCCAAUCCCCUUUUCUCCCUCUGGUUCCUCUACCACUUCCUCUCCUAACCCCCUCAAACUUUUCUCUAUCAAUGCUCAGAGCCUGAAUAACAAAAUCCACCAUCUUCAUGCUUGGAUUUGCCACAACCAACCUGCCAUCUUAGCCAUCUCUGAAACCUGGCUAAAACCCCACAUCACCGACUCUGAAAUCUUACCUCCUGGGUUCCAAAUCCUCAGAACUGACCGAUCAAAUAAAAAAGGUGGAGGCUCUGCAAUAAUUUACUCUAACCUCCUCUCCCUGAUCCCUCUACAAAUUCCAACUCCUGAAUUCAAAAACACUGAACUUACAACCAGUCUCCUUCGACUAAAUAAACAUAAGAACAUCUGCAUUAUCUCCCUUUAUAUAUCUCCAGGUGAUAACAUAACAACCUUGGAAAAUAUUCUUUACUGGGCCUCAACUGAAAUCAAAUUUGAAACCUACAUUCUAGGCGACGUUAAUAUUGACUGG